AUGCUACAGCACCUUCGGGAGAUGGACGCAAUUAUCUUGGACCCAAGCCUCAGCAGCUCCACCUCUGUUCCCGGAUCGACUGGCGCCCGCACUGAUCCUCAUUGGGGAACAGAUGGCGACGUUGGAGAUUCCGGCCGGACCAGCUGUCCAGGCAGUCCGUUUCUUACCAAGGACGCCAACAUUUGCUCUGCUGGACCCUAUCGGAGGGCGCCGAUGGAGGGAAGCCUACACACUAGCUCCGAGCUCUCUGAUUGGCCCUUGGACCUGAUGGAUGAUGAAAGGUCUGGGCUGGGAGAGCCAGAGAUGGCCUUUCCUCUACCGUCCAGGGCGGCCACAAUAGAGCAAAACUCUACUGCGAAUUACUGUAGGUCGUCAGCUCGCAUGACCCCGCUUCGCAAUGCAACGUCGAACCAGGAUAGGUUUGACGGGGAAAUGAUCCGCGAUGCAUCGGAAAACAAGAGUCAACGGUCUCAAGCGCAAACCUUGAAGAUUCUGAUCUGGGGUGUCGACAAUUGA